AUGAAAGUUGCACCUUAUAUACAAAAGCUAUCAAAUAGGGCCCACCCCAAGUAUCCUGAACUCGAAGCCAAAUUACUUGAAUGGUUUCAAAAUGCUCGAGCUCAGCAAAAAACCGCCUGGAAAGCUAUUGAUAUUAAUAUGAUUAGAAAGUUCUUCAAAUGUUGUGAAAUCGCUAAUGCAAUAGACAAAACCGAAGAUAACUUGAUUUUUGACUUUACAAGAAUCAUGAACCAAACAAAUCCAGAAAGAGAAAUUAAAAGUCAAGAAGAAUUGGAUAAUAAUGAAAAUAAUGAUGACAAUGAUGGUGAGAACAAUGAUGACAAUGAUGGUGAAAACAAUGGUGAAAAUGAUGCUGAAAAUGAUGAUGAAAACGAUAAUAAAAAUGAUAGUAAAAAUGAUAGUGAUGAUGAUAGUAAAAACAAUGGAGAAAGAGAAGAAAAUAAAAGCAUUAAUGAAAAUGAAAGUGGUUUAGUUUUUGAUAAUUACUAUGAAGAAGGCUAA